GCGCGAGUUCAAUUCCCGCUAACGCACAACACCGGUGACGAAUAUCUGUACCGGUCCUGGGUCUCCUCUAGGUCGGCUCAACCUGAAAUGAGUAUCUGGUGCGGUGUGUGAGAACAUCACCACUGGGGAGACAAAGGCGGCGGGGCGUAGGGGACAAAGAUCCCCCGUGUAGCCUUCACAGACUGUAGGGGUAAGUGCUGUUAGCGAGCACCUAUGAAGGCCGGCACGGCACACGAGGCGGUGGGUGGCCAACACCACGCCCGUCCAUCUUUGUCUCCCUCGUGGCGAUGUUUACAUAUCACACCAGAUACUCAUUUGAGACAGAGUUGACCUACGGGAGGCCCAGGACAGGUUCAGAUAAUCGUCACUGGUGUUGGCCGUGAGCGGGAAUCGAACCCGGGUCGCCAGCACCAGGUCAGACGGAGAGAGAGAGGGGGAGAGAAAGGCCGCAGCCAUGUCGGUGAGCGACGUCGGGGAGAUGAUCGUGCUGAGUGGAGGUGGAGGAGGAGGUGGAGGAGGGGGUGGAGGAGGAGGAGGUGGAGGAGGAGGUUCUCACCAGAGCCUCUCGGGUUCCACCACCGCCGUGGACUCCUCGGCGUCCAUGGCGACGUGUCAGCCGCAGAGACCUCUCACCAUGAAGCUCCCCGCGACCUUCGAACCUCGGGCGCAGCCGAUGAGGGUGGCAGAGAGGGGCAGCUUCAAGUCACAUGACAUCAAGCCCAGUGGGCAAGGUGGUGGAGGCCCCACAAUGGGCUCAGUCCCAGCCUGGGGGUCAACUACGGCCGCGGGGGGCACCUGGGGGGACUCUGGACCGGUGGCAGGGGUCCCCGUGGGGGGGCCCGGCGGGGAGGGGGCGUCCCCGCGGGGGGCCCACGACGCGCUGAGCCCCUUCGCCCCCGAGCCGGCCGGAUGCUCGGACUGGGCACAGAGCUGGGCCCGGGAUCGAACCCCCAACGAGCAGAGCUGGGUCGGUGAGUGUGAUCUCCUGGGUGACUCUGAAACUGAUGGGCUUCUGCCAUCCGAACAGCCCUGCUUUGUCAAGGUCAGUUCCGGCUCGGAGACGUGGGACGACGCCGUCCCCGGCGAACGGAGCGUGGGGGGCACGGGGAGCGCCGGAGGGGGCACGGGGAGCGCCGGAGGGGGCACGGGGAGCGCCGGGGGGGUCGCGGGGGGCCCCGGGGGGGUCACGGGGGGCCCCGGGGUGGCCACGGGGGCCACCGGUGGGACCACGGGGGCCGCCGGUGGGACCACGGGGUCCGUGAGGAGGAAGAAAGCACCGCAGUGGAACGAGGAGGAGGAGGAGGACGAUGGCCACCCCACCUGGGCCCAGGACGAGUUUGAGAAGACAAAGGCGGCCAUCGAGGCGGACGUGGCGUUCUGGGACAAGCUCCAGGCCGAGUGGGAGGAGAUGGCCAUGCGAGAGACGGACACCUCCUACCCCUGGGUCCAGGAUCCUGGGGGGGCCGGCAAGGUGCCCGGGCGAGGGAAUCCGUUUGCGGAGGAGGCGCGGGCGAUGGAGGAGGGGCUGCGCUCCCUGCGGGAGGGAGACCUCUCAACCGCCGUGCUCCUCUUCGAGGCGGCUGCCACUCAGGACCCGGCCAACGCAGAGGCGUGGCAGUACCUGGGAACGACACUUGCGGAGAACGAGCAGGACCCAGCCGCCAUCACGGCCCUGCAAAGGUGCCUGGAGCUGCAGCCCAACAACCUGACGGCCCUGCUGGCGCUGGCCGUGAGCCUCACCAACGAGUCGUGCCAGCCGCAGGCGUGCGAGAGCCUGCGCGCCUGGCUGCUCGCUCACCCGCUCUACGGUGCCACGCCGGCGGCGCCGCCGGCGGCACCGCCGGCACCGCUGGCUCCGCCGGCGCCUCUGGCACCGCUGGCACCGCCGGCACCGCCGGCGCCCGUGCGCAAUGCGGGGGGAGAUGCUGCGGGGGAGAGGCCAGCGCCGGGCGGAGACGCGGUCGCCACCAGCACCACCGCCACCACCGCCGCCGCCACCACGCAGCCCGCGCAGCCGGUGCCAGACCUCCUGCGCGAGGUGAAGGCGCUCUUCCUGCUCGCCGCCCGCGAUGGCCGCGCCCCCCGUGACCCCGACCUGCAGACGGCGCUCGGGGUCAUCUUCAACCUGAGCGGGGAGUACGAGCGAGCCGUCGAGUGCUUCACCCACGCCGUGCACGCUCGCCCCGAGGAUCACCUGCUGUGGAACAAGCUGGGGGCGUCGCUGGCGAACGGGAGCCGCAGCGAGGAGGCGGUGGAGGCUUACUACCACGCGCUGGCGCUGCAGCCCGGAUACGUGCGCUCCUGGUACAACCUGGGCGUCAGCUGGCUCAACAUGGGCGCCUACAGGGAGGCGGUGGCGGACCUGCUCGAGGCGCUGGUCAAGCAGCACAAGAGCCUCGGGAGACGGCGCGAGGGGGCCGCGAUGUCCGACAACAUCUGGGCGGCGCUGCGCCUGGCGCUCAGCGGCAUGGGCGAAGUGGAGCUGUGCCGCGCGGCGGAUGCCCGCGACGUGCAGACGCUCAUACAGGCGUUCACGCAGCACUGACGGCGGCGGCGGUGCCGGCCCUGCUACGGGCGGCGGCGACAACAGGACCGCGACGCUUACAACUUCAGACUUGGGACCAGGCGCUCGUAUGGGCAUUCAAGCAGCACUGACGUGAUGCCAGCCGGGUGCGGGCAGUGACCUCGUACAGGCGGCGGCGAGGUCAGCGCUUGAGACGAGGCGCCCAUACGCAGGUGGUUGGUGACGUCAGUACUGUGAGGCGACAACUUCAGACCAGGCCCCCAUACAGGCAUCCAUGCGCCACUCGUGAUGGGCGCCAGGAGGCUCAUAGAGGCAACGGUGAAAUUAGGACUGUGACGUUACAACUUCAGACAGGAUGCUUGUACAGGCGUCGGUGAUGUUAAAUGACAAAAACACUCGCACAGACGAAAGUGACUUGAAGAUGUCCAUGCGGGCAAUGGUCAAGUCGAGACUUGAGCCAAGCUAUUGACAUUCGCAGGUAGUGCGAAUAACCACACAUACUGGCAGCAGUAGCAUUUGGAAUCUCAUACAAGCAUCCACCACGUCUCGUAUAUAUGUUGAUCUGAUGACUGCUCCUCAUACUGGCAGCAGAGCCGCGCUCCUACGGGCGUUUGUUUUACUACGGAUGAAAAUCACCACCGAUGUUAACUUCAACUUAACUCAUUCAUCCACAGGAGAGCCUCCUGAGUCUCAAGACUCUCAGGGGGGUCCUGCCGUUGGGAUGUUGGGCCCCCCCCGAUUCCCUUUUUUACUCACGUUUUAGUUUUGUGUGGGAGAAAACCGGAGACUCCGGAGAAACCCCACCACACUGAAAGGAAAGCAAUUACAAAUGUCCGUAAUGGGUUCACGAAUCCGCUUGCAGGGGUCAGGGUUAAUCAUUUUCGUUGCGCAUUGCCAGUGAGCACCAACUCUGUUCGCUGCGUGCGACCGCGACAUCAGUGGCGUGGCUCGAGUUCUGCGGUGGUAAAGCCAACCUGGCGCCUCCUGAGCCAUGCCGUGCUGGCUCGGCACGGCUCAGUUGUUCAGUGGAAAAAGAUAAAACGCGUAUCCGAGUCAGCGGGGACCAAUUGACCAAUGUUGACUUUCCACCAGGUGCUCCACUCUUUAUUGGUCCUGGAGGGAUGAUGAUGAUUGGCCAAGGCAAACCAUGGCUAGGAAAUGUAACUUACGACCGUGUGAAUGCUCUGACCACAUUAUAUACCAGGCCUGAUCUAUAUAACAGGGUAUAAACACAAAUCUGCCCCAUUUAUCCCAAAAAAUGUAAAAUGUGUUAACUGAAGCCUUCUGUGUCUUUGUGGGUGUUAGAUGGAGAGAGCGUGGGGUCAUCUUCAACUCACAUGAACUGAACCACGAGGGGAGGGGGAAGGUGGCCUUUCCUCUUUGUCAGGAACCCCGAUCAACUCUUGAUUAUUUUGGGUAAUCAGCGAGAACGGUGGCCCGGAGAUAGUAUAAAAAUGAGAAUGUCGGAUAAGAUAGAUAGUAUAAAAAGUAAACACACGCACGGUACAUUCGCGACCGAGAUAAUUCGGCCACCCAUAAAUUGAUCGAUGGAGAGUUUUGACGGUGAAUAUCCGGAGCUGUGAUCGCAGGCUCGGACGUAGCUUGAAGCUUCAUUGAUGAGAAACGAGCGUUCAAAAGUUACUCCGACCCGCAGUGUAGCUUUUGUGGCAUUACACCGUGGCAUCGCUGCUCUUCAAGCGGGGCGCCGUUCACUUCCACUUACCAAGACUUCGAGGGAUUCGGUGCCAGUGCGGUGGCACUUGUCGCCCAUCUCGGGAUUUUCCUGCUCGCCAAACCCCUCCAAACCACCCCCCCCCCCAUUUGCCUUAACACGGCCACCUCCCAGCAUGCAGCUCCCAGCAUAUUUGCAUUGCCAGCUUCUCGCAAACGCACGGGCGCUUCGCUUCGUGGCCUGUAGUGCUGGCCUCCCACAAUGCGGCACCUGCGUAAAGUCGAGUGGGUUACCGCAGCCGUGUCGCUAAAAGGGCGGUGGGGAGGGUGGGGGGGAUCAACGUCCCGCUCUGCGAUCGUGACCAAUUCUUCCGUUUCUCAUCAAUGGAGAAGCAGCGGCAUGGCCCGGACUUUGCGACAGUCCGGGCCUAUGCCGCUGCAAAUGAGCACGCAGCUAUGAAGCACCGGCCGUGCAUUUUUGGAACCGACAAAUCUCCGCACCGGGAUGCCGGUCCCCGUACCAACGAGACAAGUAAAAAAAAAAACUUAUAAAACCAAGCCGCCACCCCCCCCCCCCCCGCCUUGAGCUGUAGUUUGCCCGCGACCUCCUCUUCUAGUUACGGAUGUGGUUCUGGCCCUUGUGCGCCCGUACCGGCCUCUAUAGAUGCUCGCCAACAGCGCUUGCCUCAACAGUCUUAUUAACGGCUGCACAGGUCAACUGUCUUGUCCUAUGUGGCCCUCGGCAAAGGACAAACUUGGCCACCCCUGCCCAAAGCCAUCUUUGUCAUAACAAGAUUGGCCAUAGUGGGCCGCACGGGCGGCCGGUGGGAGGGAUGGGGGGGCCACUGUAGGCCGCAGGUAAUCGCUAUUGCUGCUGUUAACCUUCCAAACCCCUAUCGUGUGCGGUGUGCUCUUCCAAAAUGCACUUUGUUAUCGUCUUAGGACACCUCAAGAGAAAUGUAUCAUUUUGCUGUAAUAAUCUCUUAAUCAACUGUGUGCAAUAAUAUAUUCUAAAGUGGAAAAUGUAUAACGUAUAAAAUAAACCCUCGAGCAACUGAA